UGAGAAUGACGUCAUCGCUCGGACCGAGCCGUGACCUGCUGCUCUGUCUAUGCUAGGGGUCCGUACAACAGAUGUUCGGCAAACAGUAGAGUAAAACACCCGUUAUUUAUUAAAUGUAAAGUAUUACAUUGCAAUGCUUUUGUCAUCAUUGCCGCGAUACUCGCGAGAGGCGUUCGGUAUUUAGUAGCGCAUGUUUAUAAUUUAAGUUUACCCUAGCUAGCAGGUUAGCUAACUUAAGCUUGUUUUCCAGCUAACCAAAAGUGAAAGGGAAGUCGGAGCUGCAUGGUUGCACGCUUGCCGAGUUGAUCUCUAAAUAAACUCAACUGAGGUAUCAACACUAAAAAGUCUACAUAUGGUUGCUUCUGGGUUUAGUAGCAGCUUGACUCUCCACAUCAUGGCCUCCUGAGAUCUCCAGGCUUCAGCGGCUCAUCAGGUCGCUUGGGUGUUGAUUUGGACCCGAGGUCACCGUCCAGACUACAACCUGUCUGACCUCCCAAGCAGAGGGAGCGAGCAGAUGGGGAACUGUUGCUGUCGCACUGAGAGUCCCUGUGGCAGCGCGGAGGAAACGAGCGGUUUGCUGAAUGAUGACUCCAAGGCCACAGUGCCCACAGGAGACACAGCUAUUGGGGGUGCCUGUGGUCCUGAAGGAGAUGACAACAUCAAGAAAAUGCUUGAUGAGCAAAGUUUAAAGCCGAAAGCGGCUCUGAAGGCGAAGCAGAGUGCUGAAGUUGUGGAGAAAGAGCCCAAUAACACUCAGGAGAAUGGAGCCUUGCAGAAAGAGGUCAUACAAAAAGCAACACCCUCUCCAAGAAAAAGCUCUAAACUAAAGGAAAAGUCCGCCACAGUAACAGAUGAAGUUAUAAAGGACAGUCCUGCAGAACCCCUGCAAUGCACUUUUGUCCCUCCGCAGAGAGACCCUGCCUCAGCGGAAUGGGAUUUUCUUACAGCAAGAAAUGCGGCACCAGAAGAAGAAAAUCCAGCCUCAGCGCAGGACAAAUUCCCUGACAGCAGCUCACUAAUAAAUGAUGCGCUCUGCCCUGAGAACCACACAACAGGGCACAUCACAUUAGACAUUACUCAAGAUAAUGGAGAAGAAGCAGGCUCCAUCGUCACUACUGAAAGCAGCGCUGUAGCAGAGCCAUCGGAGGAGUCGUCUCCACACAAUGAAGUUCUAUCCGUGCCAAACCCUCAGCCCACUGCAGCGGCUGGUCAGAUGCCGUCCAUCUCUGCGGUCCGCCAGGAGGAUGACAAAGAGUCGGCGAGCUGUGCUCUGCUGGAAGACCCAGAGACCAGGAGCUCUUCAGUGUGCGAGGAGGCGGGACCUGAAGACAUAAACAGCCAUGCUGCCUGUGAGUCCUCUCCUGGAUCAGAGUCCGACGGACGGAACCACAGCGAUGAGGAGCCAGAGGCCGCCAGCUGUGUCAGGGAGCCAGAGACCUCAGCACCGGCAGACGCCAGCGGCAGUUUAAAUGCCGAUCAGGAUGCACAGGCAGACCUUGAAUGCUCAAAGGAGGUCCCUUCCUUGGAGAACUUCGAAAAGGAUGUUGAGGAGGACACGUUGCUGAAAGGACAGGACGAAAAUGAAGAUGUUUUCAAAGUGAAGGAGGAGGAGGAUGGGAUGAAGGUGGAAGACGCUCAGACAGAGGCUGAGACUGAGGCCAGGGAAGAUGCUGAGAACCAGGAGGUAACAGGAGAAGAGACGCAGCUGGCAGAAAGCUCCUCAGCUGAUGUGAAGGCCGAGGAUGAGACACUUGUCCCACAGAAGGAGGACUCUGCUGAAGACGGCCUGGGGACCAGUGAAGAAGACCUGUACAGAGGAGCCGAGGAGCUGUCAGAAUCACAGGAAAAUGAACCGGAAAGUACACUUUUGAAGGUGGAGGACAGGUGCAGUUUGGCCCCGGCGGUGGAUAUUCUGUCGUACAGCGAGAGAGAGUGGAAAGGAAACACUGCCAAAAGCGCUCUCAUCAAAAAGGGUUACAAGGAAAUGUCCCAGAAGUUCGUCAGCGUGAGGAGAGUAAGGGGAGACAACUACUGCGCCCUCAGAGCCACCCUGUUCCAGGUGCUGUCCCACAGCACCCAGCUGCCCGAGUGGCUGCAGGACGAGGACGUUCAUAUGCUGCCGGAGCGCCUUGAGGCCCAGGAAGGUCUGAUAAGCCAGUGGAGAUUUCCUGGAGACUGCCUGCAGGGAGUCGGGGCGGGGGAUGCCAUCCUUCAGCUAAAAGGCUACAUGGAGCUUCUGCGGGAUAAGUGGCAGGCAGCCGCGGACUGCCCCUCUGCUGUGGACCGGCAGCAGCUUUGCGAGCGGGUGUUUCAGGGCGGAGAAGAGGAACUGGGGCUGAUGGAGGCGCUGAAGCUGCUGAUGCUGGGCCGAGCGGUGGAGCUGCACGGCUGCAUGCAGGGCGGAGGAGACGUCCCGCUCUUCUGCUGGCUGCUGUUCGCCCGGGACUCAUCCGACUGCCCACGCUCCUUCCUCUGCAACCACCUCAGGCACGUGGGCCUCAGCGCCGGGCUGGAGCAGGUGGAGAUGUUCCUGCUGGGCUACGCCUUGCACUGCACCAUUCACGUUUACAGGCUGUACAAGGCCGACACGGAGGAGUUUGUCACCUACUACCCAGACGACCACAAGGACGACUGGCCGUGCGUGUGCCUCGUCACAGAGGACGACCGCCACUACAACGUGCCAGUUAAGGAAACUGCGGAAGAACUAGACAAGCCGCUCAACUCGAGCUGAUCGCCGCUGCAGAGAAAUCUCCUGCCAUACAAACAAAGCACUCCUCAGGUCGAUCCACAUUAUUACAUUUGCGCCAAUCAAAGAAAUAGUUUGACAUAUUGGGACGUGUUUUUUUCUUUGCUGAGAGACGACAGAUCAAUACCACUCGUCAUGUCUGUUAAUUAUGAAGCUACAGCAAGCAGCAGAUUAGCCUAGCUUAGCAUAAAGACUGCAAACAGUUGGAAACAGAUAUCCUGGUUCUGUCUGAAGAGUCUUAGUGCUAAGCUAACUAGCUGCUUGCUAGAGUUUCAAAUUAGACAAAAAGACUGGUAUCAAUCUUUAUACUUAACUCUCAGCCGGAAAGCAUGUACGUGUUUUUUUCUCCCAAUGUGUCGCUCUAUUCCUUUAAAAAAAUAUGCUGAUUUGAGACCCUGUGCAAGAUGUGGUUUACACACGUUUUGUACACACUGUACUGUAUACAGAGUUUUCUAUUUGUGUACAUAUCUGUGCAUCUAAUUUUGCGGGAUCAUCUCCGUUAGGUCCAAAUUAGUUUGCAGGGUGUCAUUUUGACUUUCAGGUGGGGGGGUUUAAAAAAACAAAACGAUUUUGGGAGCAACCCAUUUUUUUCUCUGUUGAAUUUUGACACAACAGAGCUGCUAAAAGCGGCAACAUGAUUAGAUGGAUGGGGUUUACACUGGAAUUUGGGCACUUUAGUUGCAUAUUAAUUUAUUAUUUUUCCAUUUUGAACUGAGUGAAUUAGUCAAAGAGCGUUUGAUGACUUAUCAGGUUUAACAACAGCUCACGCCCGAUUGGAGGAUUUAUAGGAAUAUUUAUCACGACCUCUGCGUCAGGAAGUGAUUUGUGAUGGUCUGUGUGUGUGUGCGCGUGUGUGUGUGUGUGUGUGCGUGUGUGUGUGUGUGUGUGUGUGUGUGUGUGUGUGUGUGUGUGCGUGUGUGUGUGUGUGUGUGUGUGUGUCAAACUAAAUGUGUAACAUGUUGCCUUUUAACCAAGCUGUUCUGUAGGGGAAAACGUGCCAAAGUUGCUGCAAAUACUGGCCACAGUCCCAACCACCAGCCACUGGAUUCAGUAGUGAAGCUUGCUUGGUCCUCCAUGUUGCCUUAGGAAUAAUGCACAAUAAGAAUGAAUGUUGGUAUCAGUGAUAAGAGGCCAUUUUCUUGCCCUUAUUCCAGAGCAGGUGAAGGGGAUCUGUUUGCAGUAAACAUUGAAUAUGCCAUUUUGCAGGAAUGUUUUCUCUGUUUAUGGAUGGCUUUUAGAUUCAACUAAAGUACAAUUUUUGUAAAAGUCUUUCUUCCUCCUUAUGAUUUAAUCAGCUUGUUAAAGCCUUGCCUAAUUUUGUGAGAAUUUUGAUUGGAAUUUGAACCGUACAGAAAAUGACAUUCAGUUUGUUUGGGGUCUCAGACUCCUUCUGUAUAUCAUGGUUGAAUACAAUGAAUUUUCCUAAGCUCUAAAACUG